AUCAGAUUUGCCUUGACCUCCUCUGGGACAGAUUGUGAAGAGAAGACUGUAAUCAGUGAAACAAUGCUGAAGGUACUAUUUGUGCUGGGAUGCCUCCUGUGUCUCACUCUGGCUUAUUCCGAUGACUCGGCAUCCAGCCGGGAGGAGCGCUCACCUGGGGGCCCUCAUUUUGAUAGGGGCCAUGGUCCUCCUCAUGGUAAACCUGGCCGUCCUUGUAUACCUGAGGAUGUCCUUCAGCAGAUUCUUCAGAUUCUGCGCACCAGUACCACCACCACCACCACCACUACUGCAACUACCACUGCAGCUCCUACCACUGCAGCUCCUACCACAGCAGCUCCUACCACCACGGUGGCAGCUACAACAUAAAGAAUGUUUUCUCCCCACUAGAUAUGUCAAAUAACAUCUCCUAAUUCCUCAUGCUGUUUCCUCAAUAA